UGUGUCUUGUUGGGGAAGGUCUUGUUCUCUACUCCGUGCAUGUUUUACAUUGGAGAAGUGCGUUGGUGCUUUUAAUCGGCCAGACGCGGUCUAGUUUCCAAGCGGAGCGGCAAGACAACACCAGAGACAUGAUUUUGAGACUGGGCUCAGUUGUUGGCGUUGCUGCUUUUUGUUUACAUGCGUUAUUGUUGUGGUUUUAUGCAAAGGUGGUGGAGGGAACCGGUCAGUUCGAGUUGGACAUCUUAUCGAUGAACAACCGGAACGGCGAGCUUCUUAACGGGCAGUGUUGUGACGGUUCACGGAUCACCGGGGAUCGGAAAUGCAGGAUGGAUGAGUGUGAUACGUAUUUUAAAGUGUGUUUGAAGGAAUACCAGUCGCGGGUCUCGGCUGCGGGACCGUGCAGUUUCGGGUCCGGAUCUACGCCUGUCCUGGGAGGAAAUGUAUUUUCUUUGAAGAGCUCUGCGAGGAAUGAAGGAUCCAGGAUUGUUUUGCCGUUCAGUUUUGCCUGGCCAAGGUCAUACACGUUGAUAGUGGAAGCCUUGGACGCUAAUAACGACACGAGUGGUGAGUAG